AUGAAAGAAAUGCCUUUAGCUUUUGCUAAUCAAAAUUCAACAGUUACAGGUAGAAAAUUCUCCAACGAAAAUUUGCGGUGUUGUAAUUUUAAUUCCAUAAUGGCACAUAGUAAAAAGCCUUUAAUUGGUGUAAAAAGAAGACUUAGUGGGGAUGCUAUAUAUAGAGAUGAAUCACCAGUACCAAAAAAAUGCUUCAAUGGUAAAUGGAAGGAUAGCCCAAAAUAUGAUAAUCAAAUGAUUUAUAAUAAUUCUCCAAAUAGUAAUAAUUAUGAAAUUGAGGAACUUUCUAAUGCCUUAAUACCAUUAAACAGGAAUGGAAUAAUAUUUAAUAAUGAUGAAGAGAUGGAAGGAAUUGAUGUUGUAAAUAAUCUUAAUUUUUUUCCAUCAUCAGGAAGAUUUUUAACAAGAGAUAGAAGUCAAUUUCCAAUAAUACCAAGUCAUUUGAUUAAAGGAAAUGAAAUUGUUUUAUUUAAACCUGAACAUCCAAUAAAUUUUUAUAAAAAUCUUGAAAAUGAAGAAGAGGAGAUUGUAAAAAAUGAAAAUGAUCUGUUUAUGGAAGGAAGGAUUGAGGAGUUGCCAAAUGACUAUGAGGUGGAGAGUUGUUGUAGUAAUAGUAGUAAUAAUGCACACACUAAUGAUUAUAAUAAUAGUAAAUUUACAAAUGGCAUUCAUUUUCCAACUAUAAAAGAGUUUAGUUUAGGGGUAGUUGAGCUUGUAGAGGAUGAUGAUGACCUUUCUACAAAGAAAAAUAACGUAUCCAGUUUAUCUUACUCGUCUACACCUAUGCACUGUACCAUUGAUGGCAAUAGUACAGGAAAAGGGACAACACCCACUACUACCACAUACAACCAACAAUUGAGUCAUGGGCCAAUAUUCGAGGAAUUGUCUGAUGAAGACUAUAAUGACACAUCUGUUAAAGAUGAUUCACCCAUGGAGGUUGACUAA